AUGGACAACAUAGCCAUCACUGAUGUCGCCAUUGGUUUAUUAGUUGCUAAUGCAAACCUUAAGAAUGAAAAUUAUAAUAUAAUAUUAUAUGCAACUAUAAAUUUAAUACAGUAUUUUAACAUUAUAUUAGAUUUAGUUUGGAACUUAGAAUUUAAUAAAAGGUUAUUUUAUUAUAUAGCCAGUAUAUCAAUUGUAUCUGGUACUUUAAGCUCGCUCACAGAUGCAUCAAUUAAGACUGAUAAAAUAGAACCAACUUCAGCCAUAAAUUUAAUUAGCUCAGGAAUAGUAUUUUCUGAUUGGAUCGCAAAGUUAGCAAUU